AUGCAUAGGGCCAAACCGGACCAAGGACGAGAUUUAAUAGCCGCUGUCUUUUAUAACGCGCUGGCGUUACGGGAAAAAAUUGAAUGCAACAAAUGUAAAGGGGCAUGGAUGAACAUAAACCGAAUCGAUUACAUUGAAGAUGGAGAAGAAGGAUAUGCAGAAAUAAGAAAAAAGACAAAUAGACGAUACAAGAGCAACAAGGAAGGACAGAAAACUGUAAGAGAAUUAAAAUUCUCAGCAGAUGUAGAAGUCAUUAUGGAACAAGAUGAAUUAGCUAGAGAAAAAAUAGCAUGCAACAAAUGUGGAACAAUUGGAACUAUACAAAAAAAUGGAAGAAACCAAGAAAAACCACCGAAGCCACAUUACAAAUGCAAACUCUGCGAAAAAGGAACAACGUUUGCUGAGAUGAAAACUAUUUUAAAAUAUGAAACACCAAUAACAAACGAGAAACAGAUGGAAAUGGAUACAGAAGAUAAAAGUGAUUUUGCAGACGACGACGAGAAUGAUGUGUCAGAUAUUGUAGACACGGAAAUGGAACAAGAUGGAGAACUAGCAGGAAAAAUAAAUGUCUGGAACGAAAUGAAACACUAA